CCGCACCAGCAGACCAGCGUCUUCUCCCCCGACGGGCGACGGCUCGACUCCGCUAGAGUCUCUAGAGCCCUCUGGAAGCCGCGCCUCCACCUCCCUUCGCCGUGACCCGUGCGGCGGCGCGGGCUCCACCUUGAGGGAGAAGGGCGUUCCCCCACGGGCUGCUCGGAUAACCUGACCCGCAGGGUUUGGGCUGCGAUUUUUGAGCAAGAGGCGGCGCCGAUAUGGAAUAUAAGGCGAGAUCAAAUGGGACUUCGGAAACUUCCUCUGGAAGUUUUGGCGGUCUGUACAAUAUGAAGUAUUCAAGCUACUUAAACGAUGAACCAAUGCCUGAUGCCGCGUCGGAAAAGGAGCAGGGAAAUGAAUAUUUCAAACAGAAGAAGUUUGCUGAAGCAAUUGAGUGCUACUCCAGAAGUAUUGGGUUGUCUCCUACAGCAGUUGCUUUUGCAAAUAGAGCUAUGGCAUAUCUUAAACUAAGAAGGCAGGUUAUUUGGAGACUAUUCAAGGAGGCAGAGGACGAUUGCACUGAAGCUCUGAAUCUGGAUGAUCGAUACAUUAAAGCAUACUCACGGCGAAUUACAGCACGGAAAGAACUUGGGAAGUUUAAGGAAGCAAUGGAUGAUGCUGAAUUUGCCAUCAGUCUUGAGCCAAACAAUCCAGAGCUAAGGAAGCAGUAUUCUGAGAUAAAAGCUUUGCACAUGGAGAAAUUGGCUAAAAAAACCCAGGUGCCAGCAAAACGUGCAGUUUCUGGAUUUGAUAAACCUGAUGAUAAAAAAGAAAUCACUUCUCAACCGCCGACCAUCUCCCAGAAGGACAGUUUCAUGGAAGUUGAUUCGCCAAGUAGAGCUGCAGUGGAUAUCAGAGAGAGUGCUGGUGGCAGGUCUAAAGGAGGGUCUGGAGUAAUCAUCAAUGAGAAUGUCAUGCAGCAGUCUCGGGAUGCUAAUCUGAAGCCUGGGCCAGAAGCUUCAAUUCAAGAGCUUGCAUCGCGAGCUGCUUCACGGUAUAUGGCCAGCACUGUAAAGAGCGUCAAGAUACCGAAGACAGCUUAUGACUUUGAGGUUUCUUGGAGAGCUCUUUCUGAUGACACUGCUCAGCAAAUACAGUUGUUAAAGUCAAUUCCACCAGCAAGCCUACCAGAGAUUUUCAAGAACGCACUUUCAGCUCCUUUCCUCGUUGACAUCGUGAAGUGUUCAGCCUCAAUUUUCCGGGAUGAUGCAGCGUUAGCUGUUAGCAUUUUGGAGAAUUUGGCAAAAGUUCCACGCUUUGACUUGAUAAUCAUGUGCCUUUCAUCCAUGCACAAAUCUGAACUGAGGAAGAUAUGGGAUCAAGUAUUCUUAGCUGAAAAAGCGUCAGCUGAUCAGGUGGAAGCUCUUAGGCAGUUGCGAGGCAAAUAUAUUCAGGGAGGAUGGCAGGAUAACAUGUUCACAACAAGCUAAUGAUGAUGCAAGGACAAAACAUUAGAAACCUUUUACACCCUUCUCUUGAGUGCCUGUCAAAUGGUUGUGAAAUUCUCGUCUACUGGAUGCAGACACUGGGGAGUCCAGGAGCAUAUGUGCACGCUCCCCGGUUGCAGUGAAUGGUCGAAUCAUUUAGUUUAGGAACAUAUGCUCGCAGCAUGUAAUCCUUUGUGCCUGGCUGAGAUGAAACGAAUGUAUGCACGCUACUGUUGCUUCCUAACAUCUUACGACUAUCUGAUUAUAUUAUGUUGCCUUAAAUACUUUACUGAUCAGAUAGAUCAUCUUAAUGUCA